CUCUCCUUGGUGUGAGACAGCCACUCGCAGACGGAGCCUCUUCCCAUCCCCAUCACCGGAGACUCUCAGGCCACCAAGAUGCCGCACACCAAGGUGCUGCUCCUCCUCGCGCUCCUCUGUGCCACCGAGACCGGCCGGGCCCUCAAGCUCUACAAUGCCGCCUCCAUCUUCAGCUGCCUCAACGAGGCCCUCACUGAGGCCCAAAAGGGCCGCCCAGAUGAGAAUGAUCUUCUGGACAAGCGCAGUUUGGACUACCCACCACCAGAGGAGGCAUUCGAGGAGGAAGAGGAAGAGGAAGAAGCACUGGAUGAAGAGAAGGAGAAAAGGACGUUCCCGGGGGAAGGCCAUUAUAAAUACGUCUCUCAAGCGCAGGUGAAGGGGAAGACGUACCAAAACCGGGCCAAGAGCGACCGCCGCACCAAGGUCACCCUCUCUCUCGACGUCCCCACCAACAUCAUGAACAUCCUCUUCAACAUCGCCAAAGCCAAGAACAUGAGGGCGAAGGCCGCAGCCAACGCACACCUCAUGGCCCAGAUCGGGAGGCGAAAGUGA